UGUGUGUGUGUAAGGAACGAUAACAAUAACAACACGAGACUACUUCUAAAGAAAAAGCUGAGUGCUCCACGCGAGGAAGAAGAGAAAAUUAGCAAAGGAAAAAAAGAAAAAAGAGAAAGAAGGAGAGAGCGAGCAGAAUAAGGUGUCUCUCUUGGACUGAUUCGCUUCAAUCGCAUCUCUAUUCUCUACUACUCAUUCAUUUUUAUAUACCUCUCUUCCUUCUCUCUCCCACCCUCAACACAAAGAAAAAAGUGGACAUAGUUAUUUAAUUUAUUUUUGUUCAUGGCCGUUCAAGCUCAAUAUCCAUCCAAUGUCCUUUUUCUAAACAGCAGCAGAAACGGGCAAGAAGGGCAUGAGUAUUCUUCAUUGCAACCACAACCAGGAGGAGUUGUACUCUUGAAUCAGCCUCACAUGUUAUACGACAACUGCAACAACGACAAUGGAAGUAACAAUAACAACAACAAUAUCAAUUCUCGAAAGAGAGGAAGAGAAGAUCAGCCGGGUGUUGGCAACAACAACAACAACACAAUCACUACAGCUUCAAAUGUUAUCAAUCAAUUUUCUUUGCAAUCUCAGCCUCUGCAACUCGUUCAUCUCUCUCAGCUCCACAAUCACCAACAACAAAAUAAUGUGGUCUCCACUGGCCUACGCUUAUCCUUCGAUGACCAACACUUUCAACAACAACAAAGACUACAACUUCAUCAAAAUCAAUCUCAACAACAACAACAACAUGGGUCUCAAUCUUCUGCUUUCUUAUCUCUAUUAUCCCAAGGCUUGGGUUCUCAAAUCAAACAACAGCGUGAUGAGAUUGACCAAUUACUCCAUGCCCAGGCAGAGCAACUGCGGCGGGCAUUGGCUGAGAAGAGGCAGAGGCAUUACCGCGCGCUGCUGAGCACGGCGGAGGAGGCGGUGGCGCGUAGGCUCAGAGAGAAGGAAGCGGAAGUGGAAAUGGCCACGCGCAAGAACGCGGAAUUAGAAGCACGCGCGGCCAAGCUGAGCGUGGAGGCCCAAGUGUGGCAGGCCAAGGCCAGGGCCCAAGAGGCGACGGCAGCCUCCCUCCAGGCCCAACUGCAGCAGACAAUAAUGUCCCAUGGCGGCGAAGAACUCGCCGCCGUGGGCGUAUCGUCUGCUGUUGAGGGCCAGGCGGAAGACGCGGAGUCCGCCUACAUCGACCCGGAACGUGUCGUUGUUGCCACGACGGCGCGUCCCAAAUGCCGAGGGUGCGCAAAGCGCGUGGCCUCGGUGGUCGUUUUGCCGUGUCGGCACUUGUGUAUCUGUACAGAAUGCGAUGCGCAUUUCCGAGCGUGCCCGGUUUGUCUCACCCUAAAGAAUUCAACCGUUGAAGUUUUUCUCUCUUGACAACCCUCCAAAAUUUACUCAAUUACCCCCCUUCCUUCCUUCCUUCCUUUCUUUCUUGUCCAUACCAAAGGCAAAAAAAUUUCUCAUAAAAUAUAAAUAAAAUUACAUUUUUGUUUCUCGCUUGAAUUCACAUGACCAAGGUGAACUUUUUGGUUUUUAUCUCCUUCUCCUGGAAUUUCAUUGCAUAAUUAAUAUAUCAUAUUCUUUUAUUGGAUAAAUGCUUUUGCUUUUGCCUUUAUGGCUUUGCAGUUUUAAAAUGCCAAUGAUGUUUUUUUUUCCAGAGUGUUUGUUGGUUAGUGAUGUUUGGUUUCACUAGGAUUAGUAAAGUUACGUGUUAAUUUGUGGUUUGAUUUUUAUGUUUUUUUUUUCAUUGAUUGCAUUAGGGGCAUGGCUCUUAGGUAAAAUGGUUUUUCAGUUGUCAAUUUGAGGGGUAAUGUGCAUGCGUGCAUAUUCAGGUAACAUUUUAAUUUUUAUUUUGUUUAACUUGCAAGGCAUUAGAAUUUAGAGACGUGGAAUUUUGUUGCAUUAAGGUUCGGGGCACCGCGUUACAAGGUCCGGAGCAAAAUGGUUUUCAUUCUGUGGCAAGUGAAAUUAUUUUGAAACUGACUCCAAAUAUUCCCAAAGUCUCCCACUAUCGGGUUGGAAUGGUGCAUUGCAUAUUAUUAUUUUUCAAUAAAGCAUACGUUUGCUUGCUAAGGCUUUUGGGUGCUUUUUCUUUCUUUUUUUCAUGUCUGUUGAUGAUUCCAUGUGGAAUUGACAAUGGAUAGUAAUUCUUUCAUUUUUAAUGUAUAAUUGAUGAAAGAGAAAAUAUUCCAAAAAAAAAAGUGAACAUUAGGUUGA